CUGGGCAUUGAGGGGGCAUGGUGGGAGAACCACUACACAUGGGGAGCCUGGUGGUGGAUUCUAAUUCUGCGGUUGAGUCUCCUCACGUGACCCCAGUCAGGUCCUGACCCUCCUGGGCCAGGAGUCUGAGGGAAUGAGCUCCCCCUGUAGGUCCGGUCCUUGGUCCAGACUCCAGCCUUGCCUCUUCUCCCAGCCUCCUCCGGGAAGCCUUCCCUGAUGCUGCUCCGCACUCUCUCCCCUCACCAAAGUGCCCUGUUUAUCUGGAAGUCAGCGUCCGAUUCCGAGGAGAAGGGGCCGUUUCCUGCGGGUCCCCCCACCGAGUGGAGAAGGGGGGGUAUCCAACCUGACCCCGGCUCUCAUGGCCCUCCUUUGCUCCCCAGGACCUGUUCCCCGUGGGAGGGAGCAAGAGGAGGAAGGGAUGGCUCCGGUGCUUCUGGCCAGGCGCAGACAGGAUUAGCAGUUUCCAAACCAGAUGUUAUCUCUCAGCUGGAAGCAUCUUGGAUACCAGAGCCAGAUACUCCAAGAAGCAGCUGUCCAGAGAGCAGAGAAUAUACUGGAGAGAAACCUCUUGAAUGUAGUGAAUAUGGGAUGGCUGUCAGAAGCAAGGAACAUCUUGCUGUGCAUCGGAAAGUUUAUACUGGAGAGUUUAUUUAUGAAUGUAAGGAGUGUGGGAAGGCUUUCCCCUGGAAUUCAGUACUUAUUCAACAUCAAAGAAGUCAUACUGGAGAGAAACCUUAUAAAUGCAGUAUAUGUGGGAAGGCCUUUAGUAUGAAGGGAAAUCUUACUCAACACCAAAUAAUUCAUACUGGAGAUAAUCCUUAUGAAUGUAGUGAAUGUGGGAAGUCCUUUAGUUCAAAGGCAAAUCUUACUCGACAUCAGAUAAUUCAUACUGGAGAUAAUCCUUAUGAAUGCAAUGAAUGUGGGAAGUCCUUCAGGAGUAAAGCACACUUUACAGUGCAUCAGAGAAUUCAUACUGGAGAGAAACCUUAUGAAUGUAGUGAAUGUGGAAAGGCCUUCAGGAGGAAGGCACAUCAUACCAGGCAUCAAAGAAUUCAUAUUGGAAACAUUCUUUAUGAAUGUAAGGAUUGUGGGAAGGGUUUCCUCUACAAUUCAGCAUUUAUUGUACAUCAAAGAAUUCAUACUGGAGAGAAACCUUAUGCAUGUAAUGAAUGUGCAGAGGCAUUCAGGAGUAAGACACUACUUAGUGUUCAUCAGAGAAUUCACACUGGAAAGAGUCUUUAUACAUGUAAUGAGUGUGGGAAGACUUUCCCCUAUAACUCAGUACUUAUUCGUCAUCAAAGAAUACAUACUGGAGAGAAACCUUAUAAAUGUAGUUUAUGUGGAAAGGUCUUUAGAAGGAAGCAACAUCUUACUGUGCAUCAGAGAAUUCAUACUGGAGACAUUCUUUAUGAAUGUAAGGAGUGUGGGAAGGCUUUCCUCUACAACUCAGCAUUUAUUGUACAUCAAAGAAUUCAUACUGGAGAGAAACCUUAUGCAUGUAGUGAAUGUGCAGAGGCAUUCAGGAGUAAGACACAACUUAGUGUUCAUCAGAGAAUUCAUACUGGAAAGAGUCUUUAUACAUGUAAUGAGUGUGGGAAGACUUUCUCCUAUAAUUCAGAAUUUAUUCGUCAUCAAAGAAUACAUACUGGAGAGAAACCUUAUAAAUGUAGUUUAUGUGGAAAGGUCUUCAGAAGGAAGCAACAUGUUACUGUGCAUCAGAAAAUUCAUACUGGAGAGAAACCUUAUGAAUGUAGUGAAUGUCAGAAGGCCUUCAAGUGGAAGGCACAACUUAAUGUACAUCAGAAAUCUCAUGCCUAGAGAAUAUCUGCAUCAGAAAAUUCAUACUGGAGAGAAAGUCUAUGAAUGUGAUGAAUAUGGGAAGCCCUUUAGACUGAGGAUUCAACUUAUUCAACAUUAAAGAAUUUAUACACAAAAGAAGCCCUAAGUGUAAUGCAUAUGGGAAGACAUUUAGACUAAAGGAAAUGAUGAGGGCAUUGGUUUGAGAAAAUCCUGGGAAGAUCUAGAUGAAUAGAAGAAGAGGAAAGUAAUCUGAACCAUGGAAUCAUUAUACCCAAUAACAGCAGUAUUUUAAAGAUGUUCAAAUUCUGUUUACCUCCAGAGAGAAAACUGACAAAUUUAGUAUAAAUUGAAGAAUCUUCAUUCUUUUGCUUUUUUUUUUUUGAUUUGGCUAAUAAAGGGAUCAAUCUCAUCUAAUUUCUUUUUUCAUAUAAUUCCAUACAUAUAAUUGAUAACAUUAAUUAACUUCUCAAUGGAUGGAGGGAGACUGCAUUUAGAAGUCAAAAUUUAAAAAGAAUGUUAAAAAUAAAAUUUUUGAAUGAUGAAAAAAAAUUGUAAUCAUCCACAACAUUGACUUAGAUUACUGAACUCUAAGACUAGAUUAUGAUUGAGUCUGCAGCAUAGAGGAAAAGUCCAAGAUUUCCAGCUGCCUCAUUCACAAAUCUAGCCAGAUGUGGGGCCAAUUCAUGUAGGUCCAAAUGUGGGCUCUAGGGUAAUUGAAGGCUGGGUAGGUAACUAAUGGAAACACUUAUUCAAAAUCAUUCUAGGGCCUAUGUAAAGUUUUACAUUCUUAACCAAAAAAAAUUCUGAAAUGUAAUUUUUUCCACCCAUGUGAAACAUAUCAUUGCCUCUAUCUUUAGAACAUGACACAGUGAAAUUUUUCUACAGUAAUCAAAUAUAUGUAGAUUUUAGUAGGGAAAAACCCUCAUAAUUAUUUAGGCCAAAUGAAGGGGGAUAAAAGGAGUUAACUUAUUUACAAGAAUCACUUAAUAUCAAGGUUAUCAAAGGUUUUUGGUUUGGUUUGGUUUUGGGGUUUUUUUUGCAGGGCAGUGAGUGUUAAGUGACUUGC